AUGAAUGUCGUUGACUUUCUCAUCACGAAAGGAGCCAAUGUUGAUUCUGAAGAUUACUUUCAUCAGACACCUCUUCAUUUAGCUGCUGAGCAUAAACGCAUCGAUAUUGCUAAGAAGCUUAUCAUGAUAGGAGCCAAAGUUGAUAUCAAAGAUAGCAUUAAGCGGACAGUUUUUCAUUAUGCUGCCAUGAAGGGUCUCAAGGAUUUCGUUGACUUUCUCAUCACGAAAGGAGCCGAUGUCAAUUUUGAAGAUCAAUUUCGUCAGACACCUCUUCAUUUAGCUACUGAGAAUGGACACAAGGAUGUCGCUGAAAAGCUUAUCAGCAAUGGAGCCAAAGUUGAUGUUAAAGACAAUUGUAAUCGGACAGCUCUUCAUUAUGCUGCUAUGAAGGGUCUCAAGGAUGUCGCUGAAAAAAUCAUCACGAAAGGAGCCAAUCUUGAUUUAGGAGAUUACAAUGAUGAUACACCUCUUCAUUUAGCUGCCAAGAAUGAUCACAUGGAGGUUGUAGAGUUGCUCAUCACGAAAAAAGCUAAAGUUGAUCCUAUAGACGGUCUUAAGCGGACACCUCUUCAUUAUGCUGCUGAGAAUUGCAACUUGCAGAUCGUUCAAAUUCUUGUCGCCAAUGGAGCCAGUCUUACUACUACAGAUUAUCAAAAUCUGACACCUUAUCAGAUUGCUUCGAAUAGUAAUGUUGAACAUUUUUGUUUAGGAAAAAAUGCGAUUAAAACUAUAUUAUUUUCAAAUAACAAGAAGACUAUCGCCAGCUAUCUUAAGGAUUCUAACGAGUAAAGACGCGAUGGA